AUGGGAAACCCAAAUCUUAUCAGGGGCCCUGGGGAGGAUCUGGGUCCCGACGCUGAUGUCUCGGCCCCGGACCGUCAACAAGAGGAGACCACUACAGACCCGGCAGCAAAGAGUGCCGAGGCGCAGAGAAUUCCUAAGAAACGCACCAAAACGGGAUGUCUAACCUGUCGGCAGCGACGCAUCAAGUGCGGGGAGGAGAAGCCUAUAUGUAACAACUGUGUUAAAUCUAAGCGAGAAUGUAAGGGAUAUGCUCAGCGCUUGGUCUUUAUGAACCCACUUGGAGUUUCCAAUCCCUCGAACACACAGGUGGCACACACCCAACUGCCGCCAGCACCUGCCAACCUACCACUCCCGAGCGGCUACGAUGCUCCCGUAUUCUCUCAACAGAGACCAGCCGGCUCACACCGUCCUGUAUUGGCUCCGAGGCCAAUUCCACUCCCUACAUUAGAGCAGGCGCAUUUACCUGCAGCUACUCCAUCGCAAUACGGAGAAUACCAGGAGGCUGACGCUCUGCCCUUGUAUUAUCAUCCUAUUCAUGGCCAGGGUCCAUCCGUAUCUGACUCUUCGACUGUGCAACGAGCACCGAUCCCUGCGGCAGAUUAUCACAAACCACCGCAAGAGUUAACAACCACCUUCGAUGGAACUUACCAACAGCACCCAACGGGGGCUAAUAUACAGAAUCAUUCUGCACAGCAUCACCUUAGGGGAAGUCAAAGCACCAGUGGCUGGGUUGCUUCCUAUGGUACUAAUAACCCGUAUGAUGAGUAUCUCAGAAACCAUGUCGCGGCACCAAGUGCUCCUGAGUUUUCACAGAUCCCAGGUGUCGCAUCACAACUAGGCUUUCCACACUCGGGGACAAGUCGACCCCAACAACAACCACAUAGUUACCAAUCAGCAUCUACACCACUUUCACCGUCCCAGUAUGAUGACGAAGGUGAUGAUUACUACGACGUCGGGUCUGAUGAAGAACUGGAAGAUCCAACUACUGCUGAAAACUUCAACCAGCUUAGCCUGAUCAUGGCCUCUGCGAACCGGGAUCAAAGACAGCUCCGUUCGUUUACGACCUAUUUGAACGAGCCCAAUCUCCUCGCUUCGUAUCAUCCCACUCUUGGCUCUUCGCCUUUGAAUAACCCCAAAACCGCGCGAAUAUUUCUGCAUUUUAUCCACUCUACGGGGCCUACUUUGUCAGUCUUUGAGAGGCACCCGGUCGAUCCUUCCACUAUGUUUGGCGCACCCGUGUCGCCGGCGCAGCAAGGUUUGUGGACAUACACUUUACCUUUCAAAGCAUUGGAGCAUCAAGCCUUGCUGCAAACCAUCCUUGCCGUCAGUAGCUUGCACAUCGCGUACCUACAACAAGCUCCGCCGACGCUCUCUUUAAGACACUAUCAUUUUGCACUCAAAAGGGUUGGUGUGGCCGUGGGAUUACCCACGCGUCGUAAGCAAGUUGGAACUCUGGCCGCCGCACUGCUCCUAGCAUACUAUGAGGUCAUGAAUGCGGAACAUUACCGGUGGAAUAGCCACAUCGCUGGCUCCGCCCAGUUGAUACGCGAGAUUGAUUUCGCCGGCCUAACACGGGACCUUCGUGCGCAUCGACGCAGGGUAAAGGCACAACGAAAGCUAAGGGGCCCGGGGUUAUCGUUUCAGCAAGCGUAUUUGUUCGGAAGCGCCGCAAACGACGACGACCCAUUCUGCGAGAAAGAGAGUAGCAUCAAUGAGGACCUAAUAGGAUCGUUUGUCGGUCGAGCUGUCAAUUACGAUGAAUUCGGGCAAGUCGAAGAGGGCCCAGGAAAAUCUCGUCAGAAACACUUCACUCGGAAAGAUAUCGAAGCCUUUCGGAUUCAAUGUGAUCUCUAUUGGUGGUAUUGUAAGCAAGAUAUGCUGCAGAGCCUUAUCAGUGGCAGUGGACUGUUUCUGCCGUUUUCUCAAUGGAAUCAAUGUCCACCUCGUGCAGGUAUCGGUCGCUUGGAUGCUGUUUAUGGCUCGGCAGAUCACUUGUGGCUUCUGCUGGGUCGAUUGACCGACUUCGGGCGUCGCGAUAGGAAGAGAAAGUUGAAAGCCACUAGGGCUACUGGGACUGACUGGAAACCUGAUGCCGGGCUCUUCAACUUCAUGGCUAGAUUUGCUGCGGCACCCCCUGGUAUGCAAAGGGGACCUCCCCCAAAUGCUCCAUCGGGCACUCCUGCCGCUGGUGCUCCUCCUCGUGCUCCUCCCGGUUCGUGUGAAUCUCGUGCCCAACCCGCCAACAUCACCACCGCCCGGCCUGGCCAGCACCGUGGAGGAAGCCCGGAAAGCGGAGGUCCUCCCAUGUACGGCAUGGUCCCAUCUAGCGGGCCGAGACACAUUCCUGCUGCUUUCGCCGACACGGCAGCUCGACCUGACCACCCCACUCAAGGGGUGGAGGAUGACGAGUCUGGGUCGUAUGGCGAGGCCGAAUCCGAGUGGGAGAGCAUUCUGGCCGCGUUCGACACCUUUGCGAAAGCGAUAGGCCCCCAUUUCAUGCCGCUACCGUCCGACAGUGCUCCACCGAUCUCCACCCCGUUCGGUCCAGCCCUUCAGUACCGCACGCAAACGAUUGCGGUAGUGUGGGGAUUCUACUAUACGGGCCUCAUGCUUCUGUAUCGACUGCACCCAUGCAUGCCGCCUGCAAUGAUGGUUGCAGCGGGCGUAGCGGCGCCUGCAACUGCCAAGUACGCGCAGAUCGUCGGACAGGUCGCGGCCGGCAUUUACUAUCCACAGAUUCUCAAUAGCGAAGUAGGUCGUCUGAGUCCUACUCUCGGUUCCUGCCUGAUCGAGAUGACCGUGCCUCUCUUCUUCGCCGGCGUACAAUACAUGGAGGCCGCCCAUCGGCAGUGGAUCGUCACUACGCUCCACAAGGUUUCCCGUCUAACCGGGUGGAAGUCGUCCGACGCCGUGGCCAACGGAUGUGAACACGCAUGGACGAUGGCCGCGAAACAGGGACGAGGUCCCCCGUACCAGCGCCGAGACCAGAGCUCCUACGAGCCUUCCCCAAUCUGGACGCACGAGCAAGCAAACGACAACCCGGAGAGGCGAUUUGUCACGCUCCCGGAACCCGUUCGGUCUAAUUGGGCGAUGGGGAUUCUAAGUCUAGAAGACGAUCUGCUAAAUUUGGAGAUAGCAGAUCGAAUGUAA